UAAAACUCUUCCACCCAAGAAGGCAGUCUUCAUACGGAUUCUAACAACCGAAGAUAGGUUGACUCGGCCACCUAAAUCUUCCUCUUUAAAUUCCCCCCCUCACUUCUUCACUUCCUUGGUACUUCUACACCUCUCCUCUUGCUUUUGCCUUUGCUUUUGCACAUAAAUAGGAGACUCCAAGCCUUUCGUCCUCGAUUCCCUCCAAAAAAAAAUACGAAACGAAGAUAUCAUGAGCUACACACUUGUUAGCUUUCCCAGAAAAACGAACAUGCUUUUCUUAAAAAGCUUCAUGAUCUUAUUCCUCAGCUGCAUAACCAUUAAAAUCAACCUCUGCUUUCCCAGCAUUCCUUCUUCACUAAAAACACUUUCCAUCGAUGGACAUUUCAAUUUUGAAGAAGUUGACCAUGCAGCGAAAGAUUUCGGCAAUAGAUACAGGUUCCUUCCGUUGGCAGUGCUACACCCCAAGUCUGUUUCUGAUAUUGCCACCACGUUGAAGCAUAUUUGGCAGAUGGGUCCUCGUUCAGAACUCACAGUUGCAGCUAGAGGCCAUGGCCACUCACUCCAGGGUCAGGCACAAGUCCACCGAGGAGUUGUGAUCAACAUGGAAUCACUCCAAGGCCCUAAAAUGCAGGUUCACGCUGGGAAAUUCCCCUACGUGGAUGUUUCCGGUGGUGAGUUAUGGAUAAAUAUCCUGCGUGAAAGUCUGAGACAUGGGUUAGCACCAAAAUCCUGGACAGACUACCUGCAUUUAACGGUUGGCGGGACUCUGUCCAAUGCUGGGAUCAGUGGACAAGCAUUUCGUCAUGGACCGCAGAUCAGCAAUGUUCACCAACUGGAAGUUGUUACAGGGAAAGGAGAGGUGGUGAAUUGCUCAGAGAAGCAGAACAGCGACCUCUUUUACAGUGUUCUUGGAGGACUUGGUCAGUUUGGCAUCAUAACACGGGCAAGAAUAUCCCUGGAACCGGCACCUGAAAUGGUGAAAUGGAUUAGAGUGCUGUACACCAAUUUUGCCACAUUUGCCAGGGACCAAGAGAAGCUAAUUUCUGAGGAGAGCACGUUUGACUAUAUUGAAGGAUUUGUGAUAAUAAACAGGACUGGUCUAUUGAAUAACUGGAGAUCAUCUUUCAAUCCACAAGACCCUGUACAAGCCAGCCAAUUCAAGUCGGAUGGAAGAACUCUCUUCUGUCUAGAAUUAGCAAAGUACUCCAAUCCAGAAGAAAUGGCUGCAGUGAAUCAAGAAAUUAAGAAUUCACUAUCUCAGUUGAACCAUAUUCCAUCAACACUUUUCCUGUCGGAAGUUCCGUACAUUGAGUUUUUAGACAGGGUUCACAUUUCCGAGAUCAAACUCAGGUCAAAAGGCUUGUGGGAAGUUCCACAUCCAUGGCUGAAUCUUCUUAUACCUAGAAGUAAAGUCCACAAUUUUGCUCAAGAAGUCUUUGGCAAUAUCCUGACGGAUACAAGCAAUGGCCCCAUCCUCAUCUACCCCGUUAACAAAUCAAAGUGGGACAAUAGAACCUCUGUUGUUAUACCAGAAGAAGAUGUCUUCUAUUUAGUGGCAUUCCUUUCUUCCGCGGUUCCUUCCUCGACAGGAACUGACGGCUUAGACCACAUCUUAAUUCAGAACAAAAGAAUAUUAGAAUUUUGUGAGAUAGCUCGUCUUGGGGUCAAGCAAUACCUUCCCCACUAUUCUACACAGGAAGAAUGGCAAGCCCAUUUUGGCCCACAGUGGGAAGUUUUCGUCCAGAGAAAAUCCACUUACGACCCUUUGGCAUUGCUUGCUCCUGGCCAAAGAAUAUUCCAAAAGCCAAUAGCUUACUCGUGAUAGCAUCCAUGUUAUAAAUAGUAACUUUUUUUUUUCUCAAAGAAAAAGGAGAUGCAGUGCAGCAUGCAGGAAAAUGUUUUAGCAGCAUACACUGUAAAUUGAUACUACUCAGGUCCAGGUGCCUCUUAAAUAUUGUAAUGUACAAUGAGGAGGCUUAAGGCUAGUUGAAAAUUUUUUUUCAACCAAAAAGGUCAACAAUAUCAUAUGCUAAGUAUUGGCUAGAGUUGUAAAAGGCACUGGACAAAAAUCAGUGCCCUAAAGGGAUUAUGUAAAUACUGAAUUUGCUUGUUA